AUGAUGAAUUCUGUGAUAUCUAUAACAGAUUCAUUUAAAUUCAUAUUCUUAAAAUAAAUAAGCAGAACAUUUCUACAAAGUCUUUUAGUUUCUAUAUGGACAUGAUCUAGAGAGAAUCUCGAACAAAUUGAUCUUGAGAUUCAAGAUCCCCUAAGUGAUAAUGAAUAUGAAUGGAUCCGUUCAAGGAAGGGCAUUCGAUACGAUUCUUAGUAAUACCACAACUAUACCAUUUUAUGAGGAGAUAGAAAAUCUAUCUAGGACACUUGGGUAUGUAUUUUUGAUAUUAAAAUUAGUAUUGAAUUGGGAUUAUCAUUUAUCAGUCCUGCAAUAUUGAAUAAUUAUCUUAUUGUACAUAAGUCUCUCAAAAAGUAGGUAAAAAUGCUGCACACUCAAUUCGUGAUAAAUAUGAAGAAUGAGGAAUGA